AUGCGCAACGAAAAGGCUUCUAAAUGGAUUCUGAGCCAAUUUGCCAUGGGGUUCCUACUUCUUGAAGAUCUGGCUGGGACACAGCAAUUCAACGGAGGCCGAAGAGCGCUGGAGCACCCAGAGCCGCCUCAGCAACGAUGGCAGCCGAUGGCGCUGGAUAGAGUCGAUAGAGAUAUGGAUAGCACCGGUGGCGCUCAGCCACUCAGCCAGAUCUUAGGCUUGAGCCGACCAAGGAGCCAUGGACGGAAGCGACCAGGUCUGUCCUUGCCGGAAAAGAGCUUGGAAGAGGUCCCUUUGCUAUUUGCUGGCCGAGUUGGACCGAUAGCUCGGGAAAGUGGUAUGGCAAGCGGCUGGAUAACAAUCAUUGAAGACCACGAGAGAAGAAGUUUCGUUUCAUACAGUUGGUUUGGCCCGGCUGGGCGUGCAGGCCAAUUCAUGGAUUUAGAAGCCCGUGAUGAGCAUGAAGCCAAACCUUUGCUUGGAAACUUUAACCAGAACAAGCUGGCCACCGCGGCCGACAAGCAGAAGGCAUUCUUCUCCUCUGUGACUGCGCGGAACUUUGGGUGGCAUUUGUUAACCCUCGUUCCUGCUCCACAGUUCACGUUCAUGGCGGUCCUCUUUUUGGUGAAUCGCUUCUGGCAUUGGCACUGCUUUGUUGUGACGAUUCUUCUUUCUUCUCUGCUGAUGGCAAGCCUCUGGGCGAUGAAGAGCUACAAACAGAUCUGGCGACAGCGGCUCGCCAAGUUGAUUCUGGCAUCUACAGUCAGUGGCCUGAUUGUAGGCUUAGCCAUCUACUACUCCAGCAUGGUGUUUUACUUCCACUACAAGAGUGCGGCCACAUACAACAGCGUCGUGCCUUCACAGUCUGCGGAGAGCAUUCUGGAUGCUGGCGUGAUAAGCUUUGCUGUCGGCAGCAUGGUUGACCGAAGCAGAUCUGUUGGAUUUCAAUCUGCAUCUGGCAAUCUGAUUUGUGUAGCACCAGUGGUCGACGUGUCAAUGCGGCCCGGAUCGCCUGCGAAUUUGUUUGCCUAUGGCAUGAAUUGCUGCAGGCAUCGGGGAAGCUUCAACUGUGAUGAUGCUGGGAAUCCAGCUGCUCGCUAUGGCAUGGUCUUGCCCGAGCCUGCAGAUAUUCUGCCGCCCCUGCUGCGGGAUACCUUCUCAGGGCCCAGUGCUGAAGACCUGGAAGCUGCGGUCAGGCUCCAGCAAGCAUCCUUCGGCAGAUCCAUCCAAACCCAGAGUCGACACACUUUCGUUCAGUAUGUGGCUGAUCCUUUGAGAGUAGAAAUGGCACAUGUUGACGCAGCCAUGCUUGUGGCCCUCGGCUGUUCGCUUCUGUAUCUUGCUAUGCUGACCCUCGCAGUGUCCUCCAUUGUCCUUGGCAAUGGCACCGUCGGAUCUUUCUUCCGGCGACUGGUUCUCUGA